ACAGACCCCAGGAGGACAGCCAGGAGUUGACCAGAAACACCAGGUUCAAGCACAGCAGCGCCAGGGAGAGGUUGAUGAGGAUCUGGGAGGGGUAGUCUCGACGAAGCUUUCUGAGACGGAGAUGAAACAAAAGCGCUAACUGAGCUCGGAGAAGACUUUGACGAGGCGUUACUUACUUCUUCAGCGGUGGAGCGAUCUGACCGCAGGACGCGAUGAUGUCUGUCGCUGGUGGUUGGUGCUUUGUCACCUGUGUGGGCCUGGCCAGUCCCCAGGUGUCGGCUACAAGAGGGUGUCGGCCUCUUCCGGUCGCUCUCUCUCUUCGUCACUCCGUUCCAGUGGCGGAGCUGGGCGCAGCUCCGUCUCAGCGCCUCGUGGUUUCUUUGUGUUCUUUUGGUUGUUUAUUUUGGGGUUGAGAUCUUCUUGUGGUGAAUAAAACUAUUAAUUUCUUAUUCUACCCGUACGCUUCAUCGUAUUUUGUCCGGCCUCGAGCCGGGUCGUGACAAAAUGUGGGGGCUCGUCGUCUUUACGCACUGGCUAGAUGCUCAGAUUUGUGAAUGAAUUCGGGGAGUUUAUGAAUGGAAUGGCACUGCUGGUGUUACUAUAGUGUAGCGUGGGAACCGCAAAGCCGCGAGUGUGUGUGGUGUUCGCCAUGUGUGGUGUUGAAUCGUAUGGGUAAGAUUAUGGGAUGUAGUUUGUUUGCUGUGGAGCACGUUGCUUAUACUGCUGCGAUAGGUUAAAGUAAUAUUUUUGUGUUUUGUUCGAGCACCCUGAUCAGUUUAGCCGGCGGGCGAGCAGAUCUUGCCACUUUGUUAUUUUUCCUUUUUUGUUUUUGUCGGUAAUCCUGAGGAGGGGGUGCGCUAAACUUGGUUUAUUGCAGCUGGCCAUUUGAGGUCAGAUGUGGUAUUCUGGGGAUGGUGAUGCUUCGAGCUCGGCAAGCCGACGAAGACUAGGUGAGGUUGUUGGAAGUAUUAUGGUGGUUAGGUAGUGAGGGGUUGGGGUGUCUCGGCUAUUAUAUAUAUUUUUCUUUUUUAGUUUGGGUUUACCUGGGUAGUAGCAGCAAUUGUGAGUGUUCCGGUGUUUGCAUCAGUUUGGUGGAUAUGGCGGAAGUGGCUGACUUUGUGAAAGCUCCGUCGGAGGCGUUAUUGGAUAAAUGCACGAGGGAGCAGCUGUUGAAGAUCGCAGACCACUAUCAAAUUGAGGUAGGAGACAAGCGGCUGAAGGACGCAAUAAGGAGUAUUUUAAAGGCUAAUUUGGCUGAUAUGGGGGUGUUGGAUGAGGAGUCUAGACAUCUACCACCUCUGGCAGCAUCGAACUUAACUUUCGAACAACAAAAAGAAAUGUUACUGUUGCAAUUGGAGCAUGAGAAGGUAAAGCAGAGGACGGAAAUUGAAAAACAAAUAGCCAUUGAGAAGAUGCCUUGUGAGAUGGAGCAGGCGAAGCUGUCUCUGCAGAGGAGUAGGCUGGAGCUGAUUAGGAGUGGUAAAAUGGUGGAUGAAUCUGUUUUGUCACCACCGUCAGAGUCAUCUGAAUGUUUUGAUGUGUUGGGAAAUCUUCGGUUGUUGCCUAAGUUUAACGAGAAAGAGCCGGAGGCUUUCUUUUCUUUGUUUGAGCGAGUUGCCGAGGCCAGGAGGUGGCCUGAUGCAGCCCGCACAGUGAUGCUCCAGUGCGCACUGACGGGCAAGGCGCAGGAAGCGUAUUCCGCUCUGUCCGUGGCAGAUGGAAAAGAAUAUGAACGUGUGAAGUCAGCGGUGUUAAAAGUGUAUGAGCUUGUUCCGGAGGCUUAUCGCCAACGCUUUCGUACAUGGAAGAGAAUGGAGAAGCAGACGCAUCUCGAGUUUGCUCGUGACCUGACCGGUCAUUUUGUGCGUUGGUGUUCCGCCCUAAAGGUGGAAACGUUUGAGGAUCUGUCAGAGUUAAUUGUGUUAGAGCAAUUUAAAAAUUCAAAAAAAAAAAAAAAAAGUAACCUUUUCUUUUUGGUUGUGGUCUCGGGGUUUGGUCCCCGUUCUUUAGGAAGGGGGGUGUGACGGCCUCCUGCCGGUGGUGCCUGUUGGAUGUUUGCGUGGUUGUCUUGUCUUCCCUUGUAUCUGUGUCUGUUUGCAGGUCGCUGGUGGUUGGUGCUUUGUCACCUGUGUGGGCCUGGCCAGUCCCCAGGUGUCGGCUACAAGAGGGUGUCGGCCUCUUCCGGUCGCUCUCUCUCUUCGUCACUCCGUUCCAGUGGCGGAGCUGGGCGCAGCUCCGUCUCAGCGCCUCGUGGUUUCUUUGUGUUCUUUUGGUUGUUUUUUUUGGGGUUGAGAUCUUCUUGUGGUGAAUAAAACUAUUAAUUUCUUAUUCUACCCAUACGCUUCAUCGUAUUUUGUCCGGCCUCGUGUUGCUGCUGUGAUUGGUCGACUCGUUUAAUCACGUGUGUCAGCACACAAAGACGUGAUUGGCUGUGACAAACGAGCGCUGCGUCCUCUGAACACUCAUGUGAAGAUUAAUUACUCUAUAAAGCUCCUAUAAAAACACUAAAGUGACUUCAGAAGGUCGUUUAAUGUUUCAACAGGUGACGUUAAGAACUGACAUCAGCUUUUUUUGUACAAUUACUCAACCACGACAUUCAUUCUUAAACCCUUUAACUCUGUGGUAAUAAUGACACGUUGCUAAUAAAAACAAGUGAACUGCUCAGUUUUGUAGAAAGUUUAUUUCACUUUAAGAGCACACUAAACAGUUUGUAUAGAGUCCAAUUUAAUAUUUAUAUCUCCUCUGUUUUGGAGGGAAGAUGAUUAAGAAAAGUGCAUAAGUUUUUUUACUUGACACAUAUAAUAAAAAUCGUAAUUAUUUGGCAAUUAGCAAUUACAAAUAUAGAUACAAAUUUGGUUAUAAAAACACAAAACACAGAAAAACAAAGGCAUUAAUGGUUUUAUAUUUGAGCUUUACAAAAAUACAAUCAAAAAGACUAAUUCAUGUUUUAAUUUGUAAUUUAUGUCACUUAACUGAAACACAAACACUGAUUUUAACUUUGACAGUCCAGGCUUUAGCUUCAUGCUAACACUGUAGCAUAAAGCUGUGUUGAAUAAAAGUGAUGAAUCUUAAAACCAUCAGCUCAUUUUUUAAAAAAAAGUCUCUUGCUGUUUUCUUCCACUGCUCAUUUGCU